CGGCGGUGGCGAAGCUUUGUCAGCCGCGGCGCCCGUUCCGCCCGCAGUCCCGCGCGGCCGCUCCCCUCCGGCGGCAGGGCGCCUCCCGGCCCUCUCCGCACCGCCCGGUUCCGAGGAGGCCGGGGCCAGGGCACCCGGAGGGCUCUGACGGCGGCCGCCCGAGCUUGCAUUCAAGUCCUUCCACAUAAACCUGAAAUGUCAGGAAUCAUGGGUAGCUUCAGCAAAGAACAACUUGAAUUCACCUUCCUUGAUGAGGGCUUUACUGCCAAGGAUAUCCUUGACCAAAAAAUAAAUGAAGUGUCAUCUUCUGAUGAUAAAGAUGCCUUCUAUGUUGCUGACCUCGGGGAUAUUGUGAAGAAGCACGUGCGGUGGCAUAAAGCCCUUCCUCGAGUAACCCCCUUCUACGCUGUCAAAUGCAAUGACAGUGAAGCUGUAGUGAAGACUCUUGCUGUUCUUGGUGCAGGAUUUGAUUGUGCCAGUAAGACGGAAAUACAGCUGGUUCAGAGUGUUGGUGUACCUCCUGAGCGAAUUAUAUAUGCAAAUCCCUGCAAACAACUAUCUCAAAUCAAACAUGCUGCUAGCAGUGGUGUACAGAUGAUGACAUUUGAUAGUGAAGUAGAACUAAUGAAAAUUGCAAGGGCCCAUCCAAAAGCCAAGUUAGUGUUGCGUAUCACAACUGAUGACUCCAAAGCAGUUUGUCGUCUCAGUGUUAAAUUCGGAGCUACUCUUAAGACAAGCAGGCUUCUUCUGGAGCGUGCGAAAGAGCUGGACCUUGCCAUUGUUGGAGUUAGUUUCCAUGUUGGAAGUGGAUGUACAGACCCAGAGACCUUUGUGCAGGCUAUUUCCGAUGCCCGCUGUGUGUUUGAUAUGGGAGCUGAACUUGGCUUCAAUAUGUAUCUGCUUGACAUUGGUGGUGGCUUCCCCGGCUCUGAAGACGUCAAGCUUAAAUUUGAAGAGAUCACAAGCGUAAUCAACCCAGCACUGGAUAAAUAUUUUCCUUUGGAUUCUGAAGUAACUAUUAUUGCAGAGCCAGGAAGAUACUAUGUUGCAUCAGCAUUCACACUGGCAGUCAAUAUCAUUGCCAAAAAAAUUGUAUUAAAGGAGCAAACAGGUUCUGAUGAUGAAGAUGAUGUGAAUGACAAAACACUUAUGUAUUAUGUGAAUGAUGGCGUCUAUGGAUCGUUCAAUUGCAUCUUGUAUGAUCAUGCACACGUUAAACCAGUUCUGCAAAAGCGGCCUAAACCAGAUGACAGCUGCUACUCCUGCAGCAUAUGGGGACCAACGUGUGAUGGCCUAGAUCGUAUUGUUGAGCGUUGUAACAUGCCAGAGUUACAAGUUGGUGACUGGAUCCUGUUUGAAAACAUGGGUGCCUAUACUGUUGCAGCAGCUUCUACUUUCAACGGAUUCCAGAGGCCAACAAUACAUUAUGUGAUGUCAAGACCAGCAUGGCAACUAAUGCAACAGAUAAAGGAGCAGGAGUUCCUAGCUGAAGUGGAGGAGCAGGAUGUUGCCAGUCUGCCCCUCUCCUGUGCCUGUGAAAGUGGAAUUGAGUAUCCAGCAACUUGUGCUUCAGCUAGUAUUAAUGUAUAAAUAAUAAAUUACUUAGUAACUAACUGCAAGUUUAGUCAUUGAAUUUAGGGCAUUUGGGGGACCAUUAACUUAAUUCUUGCUAGAAUUUUUAAGUGUUUUUUAAAAGUUUAGGUUUGGCAUAAAUGCGACAAAAAAUGACUAGGAGAUGGGUCACAUUUAUCUGUGUUCCUAUGGAAACUAUUUGAAUAUUGUUUUAUAUGGAUUUUUAUUCACUUUUCACAUGCUACUAAAGACUGACCCUCACCUGUCAAACAAGUAUUUGUAGCUUGUGGAUGGCAGAAUGGGCUAAGCUUAGUGUUCUGUGACCUACCUGUUUUAAAAUAAAAGUAUAUU